AUGACUCUCAGUAGUGUAGACCUUAUUCUUCAGAGAGCAGAGUUGCGAAGUCGCAACAAAAACCCUGCGCCGCUGCGCACUGCUUUCCGUGCCAAACUUUCAACUCUAAAGUCUGACUUAAAGAAGGCCACUACUCUGGCGAAACGGUUUAAAAAUUAUUCAGCAGAAUCUUCAGAAAAGAUAAUAUUAGCCCAACUUGAUACCCUAAAUUUUGGUAUGUUUCUCUCCGAAGCGGCUGAGGGAGUUGUGCAAUCGCUCUGCCAUGGGACAAAGAUGAAGUCAACUGACGUUUCGUCAUUUGUACUUGUAUGUUCAGAAGUGCAUCAGCGCUAUGAGGGAUUUUGGCCCCUAGUUCAGAAAGGACUGAAAGAGAGUGCAGAGAAGAUUGUUGACGUGAAUCUUGUCAAGACAGCAAUCGAGCGCAUAAAUGAAUCUGCAGAAUUGACAAGACCAACUGAGAGCGGUGACGGGAAUGUCCCAUUGACUGCUACUAGUAAUAUUAAUACCACUGCUACUAUUACUACUACUACUAGUAGUAGUAGUAAUAGUACAAAUACUACUCUUGCUUCUGGAACUGUAGUAACAUCAUAUACUUCUUUAACACCCUCUACUAGUGCUACUGCAUCAAAUUCGAACUCUGGAUCGAUCAGUAAGGUUCCAAUGGAAGAAUUUAAUCGACUUCGCAUAGUGGCUAGAGUUUUCUCUGAGUGGUGGUUAGUGGGACUUCUUGAAGAGGCUAAACCGUUACUAAAGCUUCUCAAGUUGAUGCAUAUUUUUUUGGAAAAACAUACUUCAUCAUCUUCUACUCCUUUGGUUGCUUCAACUAUUCUCUCAAUAAUAUUGCUUAUCGUGCGCAAGGUUGGAAUUGAACUUCUUGGAAAGGAGAAUACAUUAUUUUCUUCGGAUUUCAAUAAAGAAUUUAAAGAGGAAAAAUUAACAAGGCAUCUUCAUGACCUUUCUAGUUACUCUGGAGAGAUGGUAAGUGAUCAGAGUAAAACUACAGAUGCUACAGUAUUUCUACUUGGACCGGUAGGGUCUCGACUAACUUUUAAUCCCACAACGAAAUCUGUAGUUCACAUAGAUGACACUUUAGUUCAACAGAUGGAGGAGCUUAGUUGGGCAAGACUUUGUGAAACAUACAAACUUCCUGAAGAUUAUUACUGUAAACAUGAUGAAAGACAACAGUUUGCGUCAUUAUUGAUAUCCUCUGCAAGGACAAGUUUGAAAAUAUAUAAUGAUCGUAAAGAAAAACUUGAGACUAAGUGGCAUUCCAUGAGUGAGUCACAUGGAAGGGGUACUCGUAAUACUCCAGAGGAUAUACGCUUUCGAUUGUUUCAGGAGUAUGUUGAAGAGUUUUAUGUAUUGUGUGAUAAUCUACUUGGAAUGUUAGGUUUUAAGGCUCCAAAUCCAAUUGAUUUGUCUAUUAUAGAGCCCAAAAUUACUGGAGAGAUUAAAAUCACUUCUGUGGCAAAAGUAUUUCAUACUGUAAAAAAUGCAGAAUCAUAUAAUCGAUUUGAAGAUGAUGAAAAAAGGAUAUUUUAUGAAUAUUUGCCUGAUUUACAAGUAGUAUUAAAUGAUUUAAAACCGUUAUAUGAGGCUGGAAAAGCGAAUUGGGAUUUACUCUUAAGGCGUCAAGCUAUAAGUGGGGCAGUAGUUACAGAAUCAUCAUCAUCAUCAUCAUCAUCAUCAUUAUUAUUAGCAGGAUCAGGAACAGGGGAAGAAGUACGAAAAGGAGUAGUAGUAGUAGAAAGUGAGGAGUGUGAAAUAGAGAGUACCGAACUUGAUACGAGUCUAGAAAAUUCAGAAGAGAGUAGGUUCCCAUCUGUUAGCGAAGCUGCCGCAAUGAUGAAGCGUCGUCGACUUCGUAUGGUGGCGUUAGCUGUCCCUGCAUCAUUAUUUGAUAAUUAUUCAACCGUAUUACAAUUAUUGGAAGAACUGUUAGAGUGUAAUAGUGCUACUACCAUUGAUGAUUGGUGUGAUUCUUUCCUUCAAGAAGCUCUUCGACCGCUGCGUUGCGUCUCUGAAUCAGCUGCUGGGGCUUUGUUAUUCUUUUCAAAUUGUUUAAUGUUGUUAUCACUGGAACUUCGAGAUUACCCUCGUACACGCUAUCCUGAGAUGCUUCCAUAUAUGGCGCGUUGUGCUGCUAUAAUGUACCAGUAUUUUCCUCAGAUUGGAGAGUUUCUUGGUAAAAACCUAGAAGCACACUGGAGGCGAGUUUACAAACGAUAUACAGUUAGCGAAUCUGAUAUUGUUCUUGAAGGGUUACCAAUCUCCUCACCUCAGGUAAAGAGUAUACAUUUGCAGUCCCUUCGCCAUAUUGGUGUAACUGUGCGUUACUUGUGUGAGUUGAUGAAGUUUGAUGUAAUUCCACCAUCUCAGGUGAUAAACAUGAUGGUGUCAGCGGUGGAUGAUUUAACUCAUCCCUGCAGUGCAGUCACUCUCACUGCUGCCAUGAAGCACGGCGGAUUGUUCCUACUUCGUAAUCACCCAACACACAUCAAGACUGAUAGACUGUUUCAAAAACUUAAGAAGGCGUUGCCGGUGGCUUUACUUGAGGAUGACGUACGUGAAAUGAUCAAAUCGGCCUUUCACGCUUUAACACCUCCACCGCCACCUCCACGGUCUCGCCAUAGCGUUAAUACAAGCACACCGUCAACACUUGAACAGUACGCACGGUAUCUGUUGCAGUCGGUACUCUCAUCAGAGAAAUAUGACUUUGUGCGGACGCAGUUUCUCCGUAUGCCAUGGGCCGAUGUUGACGCCUGUCGAGGACUUUUACGUGCACUGCGGGCUCUACAGAAUGUGCGGUGGGACGCAGUGCCGCUUGUGGCGGAACUUGUCGCUGAUCUCUCCAACGCAGGACUCACCAGCGCAAUGCAGUGCAUUAUUGACGAGAUUAUAGAAGAUUUUCGCCGUGAUAUUGAGGUCCCUGCCUCUUUACUUUCAAGAACAAUAACAGGAAAAAUAAGAGGAGAAGGUGAUGGAGGAGGAGGUGGUGGUGGUGGAGGGCAUGUCUCUCAGAAGGAUUCGGUACGUGCUGUAUACCGAGUGCCGCAGUGGCGUUUUAUUGAUUGUGUAUUCCUGGCUCAUCUCUAUCGUGGACGUGUACUGACUAUUCGUUUCAUUGGUUACAUGGUGGCGAUGCUUCUUCUUUAUAAUCCCUUUGAAGAUCCUCCCAAAGAUGAUCACAUCCGUUUGCGGUGCUGUGUUACUCUCCUUACAGAGUGCGCUCCGUCUUUUCCUUGGUGGCGUGACCCACUUGAGGGAACUCGGGCUAGAAUAAAACGAAGAAUCUUUCGUAUGCGGGAACGUCUAGCUACAGUGCAUCAGCUUGUGCGAAAGUUCGUGGCACUUCUCCUUCAACAUCGGUACAGCCUCACAGAACCUAUCCCGCUAGACCUGCUUCAACGUUUGGAGGAACUCAUAAGUUUUUUUGAUGAACACAUGCGUCGUGAUGUUAAGGAACUGAAGGAAAUGCCCAUAAUGAAUAUAGAAAAACCAACAGAAGAGGAAAAAGAAAAGUCUAAUGAUGAGAAGGUGCGAGCUCAACUCUUACAAGAGGCUAUGACAACACCAGGGCUACCAAGUUUGGCAACAGCAGAAGAAGUCUCUGCCUUUAUAGAGGUGGUCAAAAGUGAGACAGUGCAUCCUGAUAACUUGUGGUAUGAGAAGGUGUGUGAAGCCGUUAUGGCGAGCUGUCGCGAUGAUGCACCGCUUUUUCGAGUAUUUCCUUCUCGUGUGGAUGAAAAACCACUUGGAUGUGAGAUCGAACGAAAAGAAACAACGGAAGCAUGGGGCGAACAUGUUGACUCCGAUGUGUUACUGGAGGAAACGGUACUAUCUAACACAGUUGCUGUCGACCAUAUCAGCGAUGCAGAUGAGAAUAGUCUUGUCUGUGAUUCUGAAGAAGACUCUAGCUCAUGCUAUUCCUCUUCAUCUUCAUCUUCUUGUGACUCUUCAGUUACCACAUGUAGUGAAGGUGAGAGUAGUCACAGUAGUGGAAGUAACUUGGACGAUAUUGACGAUGAGGAGACUGAGAGUGGCACUGAAGUUGGUAGUUAUACUGUUAAUGAUACAUCCAGCGUAUUCUCUAAAUCUGGGACCGAAGUAACAUACGAAGAAGAAGAUGAUGAAGAAGAGGAAGAGGAAGAAGAAGAAGAUGAUGAUGAAGAAGAAGAAGAAAUAGGACAAGAAAAUGAGAAUUUCACAGCGGCUGAGGCAUUGCGAAUGCGGCUUGAAGAAGCAGAACUGGACGCUGAACUGAAUGCGCUAAUGUCGAGGAAGCCCCACGAAACCUUGCCACACGCUGCACUUGCUAACUCGAAGGCUGGCGGCAUGGACCGUCUUGAACAGGAGUUGGCCAUGGGCAUUCGCCUAUAUCGUCAGCAACAACAACAACAGCAACGCUCCAGUACAACGACUUCCAAACCGAAUGAGGAACAGGAGAUUCGGUUCACACUUCUGCGGCGACCCAUGCCUGGUACGUCUACAACCGGAAAGACGGGAAGUACAAGUUUCCCGUCAGGCAAAGCAAUGGGUAGUAAGGGUAAUAACAACAACAACAACAAUGCUAAUGACAACAACGUAGUUUUGAGAAUUCCAUGUGACUCUGAUUUUGCUAAGAACGCGUUGUCGCUCCAAGAGCAGCAGCGACGUCAACAGAAAGAGUUGCGAGAUGCCAUUUUGCGUAUUACUCUUAUGCAGGAAGAGGAAGGUUGUGAAAAUGUGACCAAGUCAAGGGGGAAACGAUAA